GAUUCUAGAUCUAGCAUUAAAAUUUAAUCGUAAUGAUGAAAAUAAAGUAUACUCUAUAGAUUUCUAGAAUACUAUAGAUGAUCUAGUGUAGUCACACUGUAGUCUACAUUAGUAGAUCUAGUCUAGAUCUAGAGAUGAGUUUAUUAGAGUGAAAGACGAAAAAUAUUCUGCCAGAGACUGAGAGUAGAGACAAGAGUGAGUGAAAGAGAUGGUGCAGAAUCUGGAGUAACUGAUCAAGCCAAUUCUGGAGCGUCAGAGUUUGCCACAGUUUGUGCAUGUAACUGGUGCAUCCAUUGUCUUGUGAGACAGAAGGAGACAUUUAUAAUUGCUGAGGACAAGAGAACAGCGCUGGCAGAAAAAAAGCAAGACCACUGACACUAGUCUAGUUUUAGCUGAAAAAACCUGCCCACUGUGCAGCUGAACAUUCCGGGCUCACAUUCAUAGGUCUCACUGUACACUUGAGGAGGCACAAAGCCGCAUUACAAAGCUCUCAGCCCCCUGAAUGACAAAUAUGGUCAUCAUCGAUCCAUGAGCUUUAGUGAAUCUUGAAUGUCUUUAUAGAUUCUGGUUAUAAUUGUUAUAAACUUUCAACUCCAUGUACAAAAAAUUGUCCAACACAGCAUAAUGAGUUUUCAGAACCUGGUCUCAACUCCCUCAGCUCUGUCUGGAGCAACAAGUCCCAACCCUUCACACAAUAACAUUAAUAACACAGCUUCAAUCAUGAACAAUGGUCCUUUGGGGUCGCCAAUCCUUAUGGCAGCAAACAGUAGCCCAUUAGUGGUCAGAAACCAACAGCCUGUAUCUUCACAACCAGAACAAAUUAUUGUUCCUGUUGGAAAUAUGAUGAAUGCUGGUAAAUCAUCAGAAUCUAGUGUUAGGCAAUCAUCUUCCAACUCUCAAGCAGCUACAUCAUCAGUCAAUAACCAAGGUUCAGUUAGUUCUGGAGUCUUGGAUAAAGCCAGGCUGCGUGACCUUGUUAAGGAAGUGGAUCCUCUUGAGCAGAUGGAUGACGAUGUAGAAGAUGUACUUUUACAAGUAGCAGAUGACUUUAUUGAAAACAUUGUGUCAGCCUCAUGUCAGCUGGCCAGACACAGGAGGUCCAACACUUUGGAAGCAAAAGAUGUACAGCUUUGUUUAGAUCGUAGCUGGAAUAUGCAAGUUCCUGGAUUUGGUUCAGAAGAACUUCGUCCUUACAAAAAAUCAAUCACCACAGAAGCACACAAACAGAGAAUGGCAUUGAUAAGAAAGACGUUAAAAAAGUAUUAAAGCAUAUCAUCACAAGACUAUGCCAGUUUAUACAUGUUGUGCUUGGUGCACAAGCUCCAUAUUAUUUCAUGUUGGUUUGUUAAGGUGCGAUUUAAAAUGUGUAUGUUUUUCUUUCUAUCAUCAGACUAGUUUCUAUUUUUAAAGUUGUUUAACUGAAUAUUUGACAUUGUUUCAAUUUUGACUCUUUUUUAAAUGCUUUGCAGUUAAUAAAAUACUAUUUCCUUAUGGAUCCUUAGAAACUUUCAAAAAAAACAUACAAAGUAAAGUUUAGCUUUACUGUAGUUUAAGAACAUACAAAGUAAAGUUUAGUUGUUCAGUUGCUAAAGAAAAUACAAAGUAUAGUUUAUCUGUUUGGUGGCUAAAGAACAUACAAAGUAUAGUUUAGCUGUUCAGUGUUUUAAAGAACAUACAAAGUAUAGUUUAGAUGUUCAGUGUUUAAAGAACAUACAAAGUAAAGCUGUUCAUUGGUUUACAAAGUGUUGUGACCUUUUAUUGGCCAUCACUUACUUUGAAACAGAUAUGUUUAUGUUUGUCUCAUACCACUAUAUUUCCUGUCUUUUUUUGUGUGUGUUUUGUGGUGUGAAGCCCUUAUGUGAAUGUAGUAUCAUUAAUUUGACUGACUGCAUUUUACUGUAAUGUAACUCACCAUGACUAAUUCAACUUUUUGUUUUUCAUGAAGGACUUAAUCUCUUCAUUGUAUGUUGAAAUGAAAACAUCCACAGAUUAUAUAAUGUGGGGGAUGAAUUGUUUCUUGCUUUUGGGAGGGGGGGGGGGGCUACCAUUGAACAAGAUGAAUGUCAAGUGAUUUGUAAGAGAGGUGACAUUUAUAGUCAUUGUCUACUGUAUUUAUUUUAUGCUGUUACCUUUUCUGAUGUAGUAUGUCUUCAUUUGUUGUUUUUAUUUUAAUUCUCAUAGUUCAUUAAACUGUAAUUAUAUUGUAUGUCAAAUGACAGGAUCUUUAAAAAAAAUCUUUUAGCUUGCUUAAAGAUUUGGGUCCCUUUAUAUUUUCUAUACAAAACAUUUGAGUGAAACAGAAAACAAUUUAGUUGAGUUUUCUACAUAUAUUUUCUUCUAUACCUUAGAUUCUGUUGAAAUUAAAGUAAGAAUUUUUAGUGCCUUCCUUAAUUCAGCAAGGCUUUGUACCAUGGCAAUACGUGGUAGGAAACAAUGGACUAUUUGUCAAUCAUCAUGUAGUACAUUUUUUAUUUGACCUACAAUUCUUUUUGGGUCUUUUUUUUUUUAAAGAUAUAAAUAUAAUUAUGCAUUAAUAUCUUCAUUGUUACAAGUGUUGUUACAGAAAAAAAAAAGUUUUAAUAUUGUUGGCUGAUCAGGUUAUAUUGUGAAGAUAAUUAAAUCUUUUUUUUUUUUUAUUCA